UAACAUUAAUCAUAAUGUUUGGUAGAGUGACAUUUUUGUUCUUGGCGCUUUUUGCCUUCCAAGGUCUCUGCGUAACUGAAGUCUGGCUGGAUGAACGCAACGUUGAUUACAUCCAGAGCGACCUUCUCGGCGUCAGCUUCAGCAUCGCCAAAUGGUGGUUCGAUACUUUAGAGGAAUGCCACAUCAUCGUCCCUGACGGUUCCAGAUACGAAGCCUACCCCAACAGCAACCUUCCCUCUCACAUUUUCUUCAUGGAAGCCGUCCAGCCGUUCACGAGCUGCAGCGUGGGCAUGCGAGGUGUUGGAGUGGAACACAGUGGUACCUACGAGCUGCUCUCCCUGGUCCGCCAUUCCGCCGACAACAGCCAGACCCUGACUCGUCAGAAGAAUAACUUGACGAUCAGGACUGUGGACCUCUUCCCCACAAGCGAUAGUUAA